AUGCAACCUAGGCGUGUAUUUGGGACUUUGCCCCAAUUGGAUAACCCUGAACAUGAUCAUGUCAUGGAGCUGACAUCUCCUAUGCAAGGCAUGGAACAGGGACAUCAGGAAGGAGUAGGAAUUACCCCUUCUAAACAGGCUGACCAACCAGAUAUGGAAUCAUUUCAACUUGCCACAGCUAGGAUCCUAGACCCUAGGCAUGAGAAUCCAGGGAAUAACACACCCUUGGAGGACCCUGCCACCAGGGAAAAGGAAACCCCUUUGGUAGAUGAGGCAACCAGGAAUAAGACAGUGAAGGAUUUUAUUGAAGACUUCUUUGCCAAAUUCCCUGAGGAAACUCAACCACCAAAAACUGAGGCAAACAGGAAACGGAUUACUAAUGACCACCUUACAAGUACCCAAAAGGUCUAUGGAUUCUUAAUGGAACUAGUAAUGGGAGUCAAAAGGUUGGAGAAACAUAUUGACAACCAUCUAAAGAUGGAACAGGAAAUGCUGGAUCAAGGUAUUUCUCAGGAAGUGAUUGAUCAAUUGGAUAAAAUACUUCCCUUGUCUUCCCUCUGGGAGGCUGAGAACUACAGUGAAUCCAAUUCCAAUAAAUCAGGGUCUACUGAAAUCCAAUGUGAGGUGUGUGGGAGAACAAACCACUCUACUGAAGAACAUAGGAAAUCACGUGACCCUAGGGCAAAGGGCAAUAAAGGGUCUGACAAGCGGAAAGAUAAGGGUCCUGGCAACCCAGGGUAUAAAGGAAGGCAUCCCAUGCCUGGGAAGUCAUCUCAAACCACCACUGGCACCACUACUUUCUUAUCCAUCCCCAUUACCAAGACAUCAUGCCUGCCAUCAGAACAGAGACCAGGAUCUCCAAGGCCACUGGAGAUGCCACCUCUUACCACCUUGACAGAUCCAGUGAGCACAGGACUGAGUUCCCUUGGUCCCAGGACAACCUGGAUCAAUGGGCACCCCCAGAUCCAUCCAUGGGCUGGGACAUGGGGAAUGAUCAACCCCCUAUCACCAACAUCUAUGACUGGCAUAAGGUCAUCACAAGAUGUGACUCCUUCCAAUGAUCCAAGGCUUAUGCCAAACUACUUGAUCCCUCAGCAACCCUUGAUUACAUACCAAUGGGUCAACAAUGGAAAUGCUACUGGAUUGGAAGAACCCUACGCUGUCCAACCAGGGGAUACCUCCGCUGGGUUGGCAGUGAGCCACCAAAACAACCCAAACUAA